AUCACUAGCUACAUACAAUAUAGCAAUCACUCUCAUAGUCUCAUGGCUACUAAAUUCAUCAUCCUCACUCAGGUCCACCGCCCUAAAACUCUAAUUCCCACCCCAAAAUCUCGUCGAAACAAAUCCAAACCAUCCAAAUCCAUAAGUGAAAACGUCUUGAACAACAUCUUUUCCGGCAAACCGGUGACAGAAAUCUAUCAUAAUAACAUAAAUCCGCACCCUGUUACUAACCCACUACUGUUUAUCGAAGAUGAUCAGUCCGUAAAAGAAGAGGAGAGGAAUCAACAAGAACAAGGGAAGGUCUUGAACUCCAGCUGCGAAGAUGGUAAGUCGAUAACCGCUGCGAAGUAUGGAGAUUUGAGACGUGACGUUGCUCGAUUAAGCUUGUUGUGGUACAUGAAAUGUUCCAUAAGCUUUAUAUUAAGGAAGGCAAGAGCGUUUUACAAUGAGUUUUGUUGUGAUACUUACGUUGAGGCCGGUGGCAGCAAUAUGGUUGUCGUAGAUCCAUAUUUCUCUAUUCCGGUAAUUAAUUAAUAUCUCCAAAUCCUGUCUACGUACGUUAUUAAAAACUACAGUUAACUAUAAUUAAUCACUAGUAAAAUGCUUCAUUAGCUUUGUUGUGUUGUAAUGUGUUGUACGUCCACAUAUGUGUAAGCAGACGUCCAUGUAUGUAACUAAUGUUGUACUUAAAUUAAUUCCAAGUAGUAGUGUUAUGUUAA